GUUGCAUUAUGGUCUCCCACCACCAGCACGGCUAAUGGGCGAUACAUAUGUAAAGGAUGAGUUUCGACGGCACAGAAAUGCUACACCCGAACAAACUGCGGUGUUUGUGAAUGAGUGGACUGUGAGUUCGAAUAACGAAAAUUACUGUAUAACUCUUGCUAAGCAACUCUCGCAAAAGGGCAUUGUGAAGGGCUUUCUCGGCAAGGAUCUUGAACCAGAAAAGCUUGACAGCUUUGCAGAGGAUCAAUUACGCCAACUUCUAGAUCUCAAAAUCGAAUCUGAAAGAAUGGCAAAGGAAAUCACGCAUUCUGUUGAAGAAACAGAUACACAGCAGACGAAGAAGUGAUC